AUGAAUAUUAUUGGGUGUAAAUGGGUGUUUCGCACGAAAAGGAAGGCUGAUGGAACUAUUGAGAGACAUAAAGCCAGGCAGCUAGAUGUUCAUAAUGCUCUUUUAAAUGGAAAUUUGACUGAAACUGUUUAUAUGAAGCAACCCCCUGGUUACAUUGAUGAUUCUGCUCUAGUUUAUCUAUUCGUUUAUGUGGAAGAUAUUCUUGUAAUGGGAAGUGACCAAACUCUAGUGACUCUUUACUGUCAAAACUACUUAUAUGAUGAUCCUACACAGUACAGGAGCCUAGCUGGAGCACUGCAAUACCUCACCAUCACACGACCUGAUUUAUCUUUUGCGGCCAAUCAGCUAUGUCAACACAUGCAUGCUCCUACAAUUUCACAUUGGGAGCAAUUAAAGAGAGUUUUGAGGUAUGUUAAGGGAACUGUCACUUUUGGUUUACGAAUCAGAAAGUCUUCUUCAAAAGAGAUUCAUGCCUUUUCUGAUUCUGAUUGGCUGGCUGUCCGGAGGAUCGAAAAUCUACAAGUGGAUUCGCUGUGUUUCUUGGCUCUAAUCUUGUGUCUUGGUCUGCAAGAAAUAAAGAACUGUUGCUAG